UGGUCAUUUUCGAUUCGAAAAUGGCUGCAUCAGGGGGUAAUAUUGAGUGGUCUACUACUGUUAAACCAAUUUUAACGGCGCUUUAUGGCCCAUUUUUCGACAAAAAUGAUGCAGUUGAAAUUAUCCAAGCUAUAAUAAAAAGUGAAAGUGAGUUCCAGAACCAUGAAGAUGUUUACGACCUAUUCUACACAUGCUUUGCGUGCCUUUCUGCACACUUCAUCAGCAUUAAUGCAAACAAUUUACCUAUUGACCAGCUGAGCACCGCGCGGGAUGCAUUCAGAAUCAUAUUGGGACAAAUACUUAAGAAGCUCUCUGAAGCCGGACUGAGCUAUGAUGAGACUGCCGCAACAACGGCUGCUCCGAAUGUCUCUAUCAAGCAGCUUCUAUUACCUAUUGUUGGCCUCUGUGGUGUUGACGGAGGAGGUUAUCCACAAUCAGAUCUGGUUAUAUUGACAUCUCUAUUGAAGAAUGCUAAGUUGCCAGCCCAUGUCAAUGUAUCAGAAACUCAAACAACCAAGACAUCAGUGAUACCAAGUCCUAUAACAUCUCUGACAUCACAAACUGCAAGUAACAAUGAGAAGCAGGCGCCAUCUUCCGCCCAGCGGCGGUCUGAUGCGCUGUUGGAGCAGCUGACGAUGCCUCUACGAAACCCUGCGGCAUCAGUACCGUCAACACAAGUACAGCCCAGUGCUGCUGUCAUGUCUCCCGGAAGCAAGGACAGCUUGGAGAGCUCUAAAGAGGCUAACACUAACCAACAACCAUCUGUUGAUAUGAAGAAAUGGGUGGCAACGACAUGCGGUUCGUUACUGAUGGAACUGCGAGCUGGUUUCAUCAUGCUCAAAGUCUGCUCUUCGCUUCCGUGCCUGCAAAGAUAUCUGAAUCGCUGGCAGAUGUCCAAGGAGUCUGCCAUCUCUCCACAGUUCAACUCUGAUGCUUCACUACUCCAUUUCCUGGUGAACGAGGUGAAUGUAUGUCGGCUGGCGCUGUCGCUACCGUGCCUGGAGCCGUUCACUGCGGACCGCAUCGCCACACUCAGCGACGUUGCCACCGCCUGGCUGCUGUGUGCCACCGCUCAGGCGUCCCUUCAUCCUAAGGAUGAAGAGAGCGAGCAGCAAACAGCGACACUGGUGGAGAGCGCACUCAGCCUCUACAAUACUGUCGGCGACACCUUCCGACAGUCCACACGUGCCGGAGGAUACGUGUACCAAAACCAUCUAAUGAUUGGUGCGUGGGUGUUGCUGUGCGGACUGCACCACGCGCUCGCAGGCGCCCCGUGCCCCACCACUGCGCCCGGCAAGAGCCCCGCUAAAACACCUUCCAGACCGUACAAUCUCACCAAAAUGCAACAAGGGCUGGGCGCGGUGUGGGUGGCGCUGGGCGGGCGCUGCCUGGCGUGGGACAACGUGGACGUGCCCGCGCGCACACACAACAUCGUGCCUGACAAGUCGGAGCCGUACUCGUACAUAACAUUAGCGACGGAGGUGUUCACGUUGCUGAACGCGGAGAUGAUGAGCGAGGGUGCGGAGCGGCUCGGCAGCGGCGCGCUGCAGCUGCACGAGGCGCACCAGGCGCUGCUCGCAGCACUCGCUAAGGACCUAGACAGAGAGACCGCUCGUACCGACACCGGCACAAUAUCGUCGUGUUUCGGUGCGCGCCUGGGCGGGCUGUACGCGUCAUUCAGUGCGGCGCUGGUACGCUACUUGCACAACCUGAGCGGUGCGCCCGCCUUCGCCGCGCUGCAGCCCGUUGGUCCUCGUGUGGUGAAACUGCUGGGCAGCAUGAUCCUGAGCAAGUCUGCGGCGGAGCGCGAGAACAGCAUCCUGGUGAUGUGGCACAAGAUCAUCAACACUCUGCAGGAGUGCGCGCUGCAGCCGCAGCCGUCGCAGGACCAUGAUUAUGAAGAUUUGAAUGUUGAACAUGCACAACUGUUGGUCUACCUUUUCCACUCGUUGACAUUGAUGCAGAAGAAAUCUGUUCUACUUAUGACUUCUAAUGCCAUUAUAAAAGUUGUAGAGACGUUGGCUAUAAGCGACAGGAAGCGCGCGGUCUCGCUGGCGCCGCACCAGCUGAUGCUGACCACUCGGCUGAUGCUGCUGCUCGAGUACCUCAUGAGACAUCUGUACGAUGCGCCGCAGACUCUGCUGCAACAGAUUGAAUGGAACCUUGUUAUCGCACCCGGACUGGCAGAACCGACAGCUGAGUCCUCCACUAACGGCGCUAAGACGACCACAGACAACGGACAGAUCAAAUCCCGUAUAUACUGCGAGGUGCCCUACAUUGAAGCGGCUUACAGAUGCUACUCGCAAGACGAAUCUUCUAUGAGACCCAAGUUCUACGCAUUGACCAGUGCUGAAAUUAAUAAUCAGGAGAAUCCCAAAUUCGAUGGAUUAGCGUGCAACUUCGUGCUGGGCACGCCGCACAAGCUGAAGUACCCACUGCUGCUGGACGCGCUGCUGGCGCUGCUGAACGCCGCCUGCGUGUGCGACAACACGCAGCACCGCGCCGCGCCCGCCGCGCUCGCCGCCGCGCACUACUGCUUCCAGACCGCCUGGAGAUUAGUGAUCAGCAUGCCGCCCGCGACGCCGCACAUGGACAAGCUGCAGGCGGGCACGAAGGCGGAGCUGCCCUCCCCGCUGCCGCUGCACGCCGUCAUCUGGGCGCCGCGCGCUGACAACAAGAAGGUCUUCAACCCCUGGCUCAAAGACGCCCUCGUCAAGCAAGGGAUGUACACACAGUAUGCAGAAAAUUUGUUAGCCGGUGUGAGCGCAUCAUGCGAUAAUAUAAAAUACACGGCUUGGCUCGCCUCGGAAACUAUAAAACACUUGAAACAAAACAUCACUUCGAGUGGUUUACCAUCUCUGCUUGACGUUAUAUCGUGCGACGCUGCGUUGGUGCGGCUCAAGGUGUGUCUCGCGGAUACCACUUCAGCUGCGGAGGCGCACCAGUUUAUGCCAAACCUCUUGGAUCUACUAGACACUAUAUUAGACUGCUGCCGGCUGAGCGCAGGAGCUGAAUUAGAGAACGUAUUAGAGCCGGCCAACGACUCGUGUGAGCGCGCGGUGAACGCGGCGCGGCUGGCGGUGUGCUGCGCGUUCUACGCAUCGCACAUUAUCCCAUCCGAGAGCGCGGUGCUGAACCUGGUGUCGUCGCACUGCGAGCUGAUCAGCGGCAGCAGCAAGUACUCCAUCGGCACUUCCCUCAUGAUGCUGGCCUACUCCGCCGCCAAGCUGCUUGACUUCGGCGCGCCCAAGCUCGCGGACAACGCCGCACUCUCCAAGAAGGCCAUAGAUUUGAUCAUACCAGCUUUGGCUGAUGGAAGACUAGAGUUCUUAACAGAGCCACUAAGAGCGACUUUAAAUACACUGGUGCCGCAAACCUUGACUGCUGAGCAACUCAGACAUGAACACUUUUUGAAAACAACAUAUACUGUACUGGUUGAGCAUUUGCAACCUUCCACGGAGAAGACUUUACGUUAUAUGGUCAAGUAUUGGGAGAAAAUCUUAGACCGAUCAGCUGGCAGAAAAGCGUACGAAGCUGUUUUUAGCGAAGAUAAUGAAUACAGCCUUGGUAAAAUACUUCUUACCGCUCCCAAUGCUAGAAGUCCGUACACAGUAAGAGUUAUCAAGUUAUUUAUCAAGAUAUUCACGUGCUGUGACAAAGCCGAACUGAACCCUGCUCUUUGCAUUUCUGUGUGUAAAUCUAUCGGCAUGGCGGACCAACAGAAGUUGGCUAAUCUGCUAUCACACAUUUGUUUGACAACAACCGGUUCAUCGACAUCAAACGGCACGUCGGGCACGGCGAACGGCACGCCCACGGAGGCGGAGCUGGCCACGCCCACGUCGAGCGCGCCCGACGGCUACAAACUAUCUCCAGCACCACGAGCCCAAUCGGAUACAGCUCAACAAUCGGCAAACUCAGAGAGCUGCAGCUGGUCUGACGGCAGCAAGGAGAGCGCGGGCGCGGCGGUGGCGGAGGCCGCGCCGGCGCAGCUCGCCGACGCCGUCAACGACAACGCCACGCUGCUCUCCGCGCUCUGCAAACACAUCGUCACACAUUGCGAGGAGGUGAGCGAGCGCGUGCUGUGCGCGCUGGUGGGCGUGUGCGGCGAGGGCUGCGCGCCCGUGCUCCUGCGCGAGCUGUGCCGGCUGGCGGACGCGCACGCCGGCGCCGACCACCGCCUGCUCUUCCCCGCAGCCGUCGGCUGGCUCGCGGCCUGCGUGGACAACCUCAGCAACUCCGAUGUACUUGAAAAGCUGGAGGAAGGACAGAUCGAAGGCGCCGUCGCUUCACAGAUCGAAUCUGCGUGCGUUUUAUUGUCGUAUCUCGCAGACGCUCUUCAUGCUAUCAACACGUCGCCACCACAAGCUUGGCGUUCUGUAAGUCCUUCGUGGGAAUCACCCUAUGACGUAGGUUUCGACUUGGAAUAUCCAGACGAGCAAAAUGAUGAGGAAGACACCAGCGCCGACGAUUCAGACGAGGACGCGAUGUUGCAGUACAAGCUGUGCACGUUCACGGUGACGCAGCGCGAGUUCAUGAACCAGCACUGGUACCACUGCCACACCUGCAAGAUGGUGGACGGCGUCGGCGUGUGCACUGUUUGCGCGCGCGUCUGCCACCGCGGGCAUGACGUAUCCUACGCCAAGUUCGGCAACUUCUUCUGCGACUGCGGCGCCAAGCCAGAUUCCAGCUGUCAAGCGCUGGUAAAGAGGUCAGUGACUCUAGGCGGUAACCGGUCAGACGACAGUCCGCCCGCUUCCUCGCUGCGACGUCUGCCCUCCAGCCCCACACCGCCUGCCUACCUCGCCCCCUCCCGCCGCCCUGCACUAGCGGCUAACAUACAAGGUUGUCGUUCAUACUUGGUGUCGUACGGUGCGUGGGGUACGUGCAUGGACCGCGUGAAGAAGCUACUAGGCGUGCUGGCGGGGCCGGUGCGCGCGGCGUGCGAGCGCGGCGCGGCGGUGGGCGCGCACGGCCGGGCGCAGCGCGCGCUCGCACAGCUGCACCUCGGCGUUAAGCGCUUCGUGCACACAGAUACACUUAUGCUGCCUACACUUGGUUCACAAGAAGGCGCAUUCGAGAACGUCCGUAUGACGUACACAGGCGAGAACGGGCAGACGAUCCGUCAAUUAAUGUCUGCGCACAAGUUGCGCCGCGUGGCUAUGUGCUGUCUAGCCUCGCCGCACGGCCGCCGGCAGCACCUCGCUGUAUCACAUGAAAAAGGAAAAAUCACCGUCCUACAACUGUCUGCAUUGCUUAAGCAAGCGGAUUCAUCAAAACACAAGCUGACGUUGACCCGGCUAUCGUCGGCACCGAUACCGUUCACCGUCCUCAGCCUGAGCGGCAACGCCUGGAACGAGGACCUGCUCGCUGUAUGCGGCCUUAAGGAGUGCCACGUGCUUACCUUUAACAGCGGAGGUGCAGUAGCCGAUCAUCUAGUAUUGAACACCGGCUUAGAAGGAAACAACUAUGUAAUCAAAGCUAUUUGGUUGCCUGGAUCACAGACACAACUUGCACUUGUGACAUCCGAUUUCGUCAAGAUCUUCGAUCUCAGUAAGGACCUGAAUAAUCCAAUGCACCAUUUCUUAGUGCCAAGUGGAAAGGUGCGCGAUGUAACUUUUGUGAAUCAAGAAGACGUAAUGCACAUGCUUUGUAUGAGCUCCGCCGGACAUAUUUACUGGCAGCCGAUGAGCGAGGAGUCGCGCGCCACGCUCGGCACAUUCUACGUCACUAACACCCUCGAAGUACUUCAUCCGGAAAUACAGGAUGUAGCAGGCUUAGUUGGUGGCGGAGGUGUUGGCGUGCUAGCGCACGGCCUGCGCCACGCGGACCACACGCUGCACGCGCUCGCCGACAUACUGCACGCGUUCCAGCUGCACGCCGAUAACGAUGCAAUCGACUUUGGAAAUCAAAUCUAUUUAUCACUGCUGCUAGCCGAAGAUCAAAUGAUAAGUUUCGGUACUAAAGCGGCACUUAUGAGAGUCCUACGACCUCGAGUCAAGAGACGGCGUGUGUACAUACCUUCACCGCCUAAUACACCAGGUGCUACUUCCUCGGUGACAACUGCGCCGCCCGCCAGCUCUACCGCGGAAGCCGUGGCCUCAGAGUCCGAUGUGAGCACAGCGCGCGACGACCAGCAAGAGAACCAAUUUAUGGAUGUUGAUGACGCCCUCGAACCAAUGGUGUUGCUCGCACCCGAUGGAGGUAGUCUAGAGGCGUUACUGGACAUCCCAGCGGACGCGGACGACGAGACGAUGGUGCAGCUGGCCAUCGCGCUGUCGCUGCAGGAGCAGCCGCGCCGCGCGCCGCCCGCGCCCUCCGCUCCGCCGCCGCCCGCCCCCGGCUUCAGCGACGUCACCGCCUCGCCCACUGGAUCUGACGAUGAGGGCAGUACUGCGGCGACAGACGGCAGCACGCUGCGCACGUCUCCCGCCGAGCCGCCGGGCUCAAUGGCCGCUAAUGCCAUCAUCGCUGCCCCCGUGGCCAUGCCAGGUCCGUCGACGUCGAGCGCGCAGCCGGUGGCGUCGUCGUCGCGCACAGCGGAGGCGGAGAGCGAGGCGCGCCGGCUGCACGCGCUGCGCCUCUCGCUGCUCUCCGCCGCGCUCGACGCGCUGCCCUCGCUGCGCGCGCUGCCCGGCGUGCGCGCUAUACCAUUCGUGCAGGUUGUGCUAAUGUUAGCCGGCGACCUAGACUCCACCGUGGAGGGUGACCGUGUAGUAUUGGAUCGCCUACUCGACCUACUAGUCUCGGAGCUUGACAUCCAAACCGAAGAGGUUGGCGAGCGCGGAGAACGGCAGCUGCAGCUCGCCAUCAACCGGCUGGAGCAGCUCGUGUCGGAGCUGGAGGCGCCGGAGAACGUGCCCCCAGUGCACGAGCGCACCAACCGAAGAGAACUGCAGCUCGUUAUUAUGCGGCUACUGAGUUACGACGCUUUUGUGUCCGAUGGCUCCAAGUUCCAAGAACAAAAAGUGCCGAUACUAGUUCAACAGAUUAUAAAACAGGUUAACCAUGACGAAUUGAGGAUGUUCGUCAAAGCAUUCCUGCUCGAAACAAAUUCGACUGCAGUUCGUUGGCAGGCCCACGCCCUACUUCUGGCUAUUUACAACAAUUCUCCACAAUCAGAGCAGGCGUCAAUAGUGUCAUUACUGUGGGCGCUGUGGCCUACGCUGCCGCAGUACGGGCGCAAGUCGGCGCAGUUUGUCGACCUGCUCGGAUACUUCACACUUAAGACGCCUAACAUUGAGACAGAGAAGUACCUGCGCAGCGCGGUGGAACUCCUCCGUCGUCAGAACGAGCUGCUGUCGUCGCACGGCAACGCGGCGCUGUACGCGGCGCUCGGCACAUACGUGGAGCUGGACGGGUACUUCCUGGAGUCGGAGCCCUGCCUCGUCUGCAACAACCCCGAGGUGCCCAUGGUCACCAUCAAACUGCCAACCAUUAAGAUGGACUCGAAGUUUACGACGACGACGCAGAUCGUGAAGCUGGUGAACAGCCACACCAUCAGCCGCAUCGCGCUGCGCAUCAGCGACAUCAAGCGCGGCAAGAUGGUGCGCGCCAUCAACUUCUACUACAACAACCGCACCGUGCAGGCCGUGCAGGAACUCAAGAACAAACCCGGAAUGUGGCACAAAGCAAAACGCGUGCAGCUUCAAUCCGGCCAGUCCGAAGUGCGUGUCGACUUCCCGCUGCCCAUCGUCGCUUGCAACCUUAUGAUGGAGUACGCCGACUUCUAUGAAAAUCAACAAGCUACCGGUGAAUCGCUGCAGUGUCCGCGUUGCUCCCAGUCUGUACCUGCUAACCCCGGCGUGUGCGCCAACUGCGGAGAGAACGUCUUCCAAUGCCACAAGUGUCGGGCUAUAAACUACGAUGAGAAAGAUCCAUUCUUAUGCCACGCGUGCGGCUUCUGCAAGUACGCGAAAGACCUCUCCAAGAUCAUACAGAAGGUUCUCGCUUGCAGAAAAGAAUUAGUCACCUACGAUAGAUCCCAAAGCGAGCAAUUAAAGGGUGAAACAUUGCCCGUGUACGCUGGUUUGGUUCAAACUUACGACGGAGAUAUGACUAAAGAGUCAGGUGGAGGUUGCUAUGGAUGUUCACUAGCGAGCGCAGAGCAGUGCCUGACGUUGCUGCGCGCACUCGCGUCUCAGCCGGAGCAUCGCGAGCGUCUCUGCCGCUUCGGGGUCGUGCACGAGCUCGUUCAUCACAACUUACACCGCGGGACGCCACAGUGUCAAGAAGAAGUACGCGCGCUUAUUUGCCUGGUGACACGCGACAACUUGCCCGCCACCGAGCAGCUGUGCCACUUGCUGUCGCAGCGCAUCACGCUCUCGCUGAUGGGCCACGCCGCCUCGCAGGACCACAACAACUCUGUUCGUCCAUUGGUACUACUACUCGGGUCCUUAGUCAAGGUACAAGAUUCAGUGGAUUGUUGGGAAGCCAGACUUAGAUGUAUCGUUAAACUUUGGGUCUGGUGUUGUCCUCAACUGACAGAAGUGGCGGGUAUCGCACCAGCAGUCAGUUCUUUGUUAAAAACUGAAGCUAUAGCUGGUAUACCCGGCAUCAGUAGUGCCUCGCCUACUUCUCACCAAUUCGCGCUGCAGCAAGUCGCUCUGCCUUGCCUCGGCUAUCUACAGCAACUGAUGCUGCCGCCCGACGCCACGCUGCCGCUGCGCGAUGUGCACCUCGCUAGGAAGUACCUCGCCAAGUGGAGAGACCGGGUAUUAUUAUCGCAUGGUAUGCGUCCCCUCGCCCUCGAGGACGGCGGCUGGCUGCGGCCGGUGAUGUUCGACCCUAGCUCUCGCAUCGCCCGCGACACCGCCUGCGCCAUGGUCAAGUCACUUUGCGAUUCAUACGAACGAACUAAAGCUGUCUUGAUACUACUGACUAGUUUCCUUCCUGAAGUGGGAACAGCUGGAGAAGCCAGUGAACAAUUCUUACAGCUAUAUCAAAGUUUGGCAUCUGAGGCCCCCUGGAAGCAGUUCCUCGCACUCCGGGGCGUGUUACAACAGAUAGCUGAUUUAAUGACCAAAGAGAUUGAACAACUGCAUCGAUUGGAGGAAACUACUUUAACAUCAGAUCUCGCUCAAGGUUACGCUCUGAAGCGUCUGACGGAGCUGCUGUCGAUGUUCCUGGAGGAGGGCGGGGGGCGGCGCGUGUACAAGGGGCGGCUGGUGGGCGCCGUGCUGGGCGGCUACCUCUCCCUGCGCCGCCUCGUCGUGCAGCGCACCCGCCUCACCGACGACACGCAGGAGAAGCUGCUCGAACUGCUGGAGGAGAUGACCACAGGUACGGAAGCGGAGACGGCGGAGUUCAUGGCGGUGUGUAUAGAGACGGUACAGAAGUACCCGCUGCACGACUACCGCACGCCAGUCUUCAUCUUCGAACGUCUCUGUUCCAUCAUCUAUCCCGAAGAGAACGACGUCGGGGAGUUCUUCCUCACGCUGGAAAAGGAUCCGCAGCAAGAGGACUUCUUACAGGGCCGUAUGUUAGGCAACCCGUACUCGUCGUUGGAGCCCGGUAUGGGGCCACUCAUGAGGGAUGUGAAGAACAAGAUCUGCACGGACUGCGAGCUGGUCGCGCUGCUCGAGGACGACAACGGCAUGGAGCUGCUCGUCUGCAACAAGAUCAUGUCUCUCGAUCUGCCUGUCAAGGAUGUCUAUAAAAAGGUGUGGUGCACGUCUGGCGACGGCGUGGACGCGAUGCGUGUGGUGUACCGCAUGCGCGGGCUGCUGGGCGACGCCACCGAGGAGUUCGUGGAGACGCUCAGCCAGACCAACGCGGAGGCUGUCGAUGACGAGCAACUCUAUCGCAUGGCCAAUGUGCUCGCUGAUUGCGGUGGGUUGGAAGUAAUGCUGCAGCGGUUAGCCGCGAUUCAGCGCGUCGGCGGUGCGCGUGCGCUGUGCUCCACCCUGCUGCGGCUGCUGGGGCUGUGCGCGCGCGUGCGGCGCUGCGUACGCGUGCUGACGCGCGCCGACACGCGCGCGCUGCCCGUGCUGCUGCGCGCGCUGCAGCUCGCCGCUGACGAGGAGAAGGAUAUGCCGCGCGCGCAUCUUGUAUACCAACUUCUAGAGAUAAUGGAACGCAUUCUAUCUGUUGCGGCGAGUGAAAGCCUGGUAUCGUUUUUGCAAUUCUCACUUACGUUUGGUGGACCGGAAUAUGUGCAAGCUCUCAUCAACUGCACUGAGUGUCCAGGUAUUCGUAACAACUCAGUGGCUCUCGGUCACCUGACGCGCGUGUUGGCGGCGCUGGUGUACGGCAACGAUCUCAAGAUGGCGAUGCUGGUGGACCACUUCAAGCCGGUGCUAGACUUCGACCGAUUGGACUCGGAGCAGUGGACGGAGGAGGAGUUCCGUAUGGAGCUGUUCUGUGUGCUCUGCGCCAACAUCGAGAGGAACUCCAUAGGAGGGACGCUCAAAGAUUACCUUAUAUCUUUGGGUGUAGUACGCGAUGCCUUGGAAUAUAUUGUGAAACACGCGCCGUGCGUGAAGCCGACGCUGGUGUGCACGGACUCUGACGAGCUGAAGGAGUUCAUUAGCCGGCCCGCGCUCAAGUAUAUCCUGCGCUUCCUCACCGGACUCGCCGCCGACCACGAGCCCACGCAGAUGUUGGUGUGCGAAAAGGUGAUCCCGAUCGUGCACCGGCUGGAGCAGGUGUCGUCGGGCGAGCACGUGGGCUCUCUGGCGGAGAACUUGCUGGAGGCGCUGCGCUCGCAGCCGCAGUGCGCCGCCAAGGUGCAGCAAGUGCGCGACUUCACCAGGCAGGAAAAGAAGCGUCUGGCGAUGGCGGUGCGCGAGCGGCAGCUGGGCGCGCUGGGCAUGCGCAGCAACGAGCGCGGCCAGGUGACGGCGCAGUGCUCGCUGACGCAGCAGCUGGCGGACCUGGCGGAGGAGGCCGGCGCCGUCUGCUGCAUCUGCCGCGAGGGCUACAAGUACCAGCCCACAAAGGUGCUGGGUAUCUACACGUUCACUAAACGAUGCCCUGUGGAGGAGUUCGAGGUGCGCGCGCGCAAGACGCUCGGCUACACCACCGUGUCGCACUACAACAUCGUGCACGUGGAGUGCCACAUGGCCGCCGUGCGCCUCGCGCGCGCCAGGGACGAAUGGGAGAGCGCGGCGCUGCAGAACGCGUCUACUCGGUGCAACGGUCUGCUGCCGCUGUGGGGGCCGCACGUGCCAGAGUCCGCCUUCGCCAGCUGCCUCGCCAGGCACACCACAUAUUUACAGGAAUGCACGGGUCACCGCGACAUCGGAUACACGUGCACGGUGCACGACCUGAAGCUGCUGCUGGUGCGGUUCGCCCGCGGGCGCACCUUCCACGACGAUACUGGCGGCGGCGGCCCGCUCUCCAACAUGCAGCUGGUGCCCGCGCUGCUGCACAUGGCGCUCUACGUCAUCAACACAACACGUGCGGCGGCCCGCGAGGUGGGCGCGCUGGAGGCGUCGCUGGCGUGGGCGCCGGCGCGGCUGCUGGAGGCGGCGCACGACGCCGACGGACCAGUUUACUACGCAACGUUCAUGCUGUUGCUUUACCCACACGCUAAAUGGCAAUCCCUGCGCGUGUCGGUCCUGAAGCGGCUGCUGGUGACGGCGCACGUGCGCGCGGUGGCGCCCGCCGGCCCCGCCAUGCGCGCGCUGGCGCAGGAACACCGCGCACCCAAGCAAUGGGCUGACUACAAACCUUACGCUAUAUUCUUCGCUAUCAUUGAUUUACUGUACACGGUCAUGUUUAAGAACGUGUCUGCAACAACAGUGGAGCAGUGGCCGGUGAAGCUGGCGGAGUACAUCCGGCACAACGACGAGGCGAACGCGAAGGCGGCGGAGCGCAUCGUGGCCACGCUCACUGACGAGCUGCUGCCGAGCGCGUCCUUCGCGGAGCUGUGCGACGCGGCCGGCCUGCUGCGCGACCUGCCCGACCCUGACGACUUCCUGCGCGCCGCCAUAGAAGAGCUGCCAUGAGACAGGCCCCCCGCGCCCGCCGCGCCCGCCGCGCCGCGCCCGCACCCCUCGCACUGCCUCGCCUACCGCGGCUGCAUGCCCUGCUGACUCACCCCCACCCCCCUCCCCCUUACCCUCUCCGCAAGUGUGAUAUUAUUGCUUAUUAACAAUAUUUAACCGAUGUAAUACUUAUAUAGAAAAUUUAAAGUCUCUAUUGUAAUGUGUAGUGUUAAAUUAAUAAACGUUUUCGGCAUUUA